AUGGGCAAAACUGCAGGUGGUUCAUCAGGUGAGGCGGUCAAGGUCGUGGUCCGGUGCAGGCCGCUGAGCUCCAAGGAAGUGGCCGACGGACGGGAGCUGGCAGUGCAGAUCGAUGAGACGCACGCAGGAGUGGCGGUGACCAAGCCGGGCUCGUCCGCACCAGGCAAGAAGUUUACCUUUGAUCAUACGUACGGACCAAGCUCUACCCAGAUGCAGAUAUUUGAAGAGACGGCGCGGCCCAUCAUCGACGCAGCGCUGGCCGGAUACAACGGGACUAUCUUUGCCUACGGCCAGACCGGGACGGGCAAGACGUUCACCAUGGAAGGUGUGUACGACGACAACGAUCUCCGCGGCAUCAUUCCCAACGCUUUUCACCACAUCUUCCACCAUAUCGACGCCGACAAGGCCGACGGCGAGAAGCAGCGGCAGUACCUGGUCACCGCCUCGUACCUGGAGAUCUACAACGAGGAGAUCCGCGACCUGCUGUCCAAGAGCUACAAGACCAAGCUCGCCAUCAAGGAGCACCCGGACAAGGGCGUGUACGUCAAGGACCUCUCGGCCUUUGUCGUCAAGUCGGUGGCCGAGAUCAACAAGGUCAUGGGCGCAGGCAAGAAGAACCGCUCGGUCGGCGCAACCAAGAUGAACGUCGACUCAUCGCGCUCACACUCGGUCUUCACCAUCACCAUCGAGUGCUCACAAAUCGGCCUGGACGGCGCCCAGCACAUCCAUGUCGGCCGGCUCAACCUGGUCGACCUCGCAGGCUCGGAACGCCAGUCCAAGACCGGCGCAGAAGGCGAUCGCUUCACCGAGGCCGUCAACAUCAAUCUCUCGCUCUCGGCCCUCGGCAACGUCAUCUCGGCCCUCGCCGAAGGUGCCUCCCGCGGUAAGCGCCACAUCCCCUACCGCGACUCCAAGCUCACUCGCCUGCUGCAGGACUCGCUUGGCGGCAACUCCAAGACCGUCAUGAUCGCCAACGUCGGGCCGGCAGACUACAACUACGACGAGACAAUCUCGACACUCCGCUACGCUAACCGCGCCAAGAACAUCAAGAACAAGCCCGUCAUCAACGAGGAUCCCAAGGACGCCAUGCUCCGCCAGUUCCAGGAGGAGAUCGAGCGGCUCAAGGCCCAGUUGCAGGCCGUCGCCGACGGCGGUGGCCCGCCUGCAGGCACUUCCGCCGCGGCAGGCACCUCGGACAAGUUUGCAGGCAUGGACGACGCCGCCAUCACAGAAAUGGAGGCCCGCCUCGCCGAGGAGCGGGCCCGCAUGGAGGCUGACAAGUCGCUCGCCCAGGAAGAGAAGGACAAGCUCGCCAAAAAGCUCGCCAAGCGCGAGGCCGAAAUCGCCAAGGAGCGCCAGGCCCGUGACGACCUUGCCGCCCAGAUCGCCCAGCUCGAGGAAAAGGUCAUUGUCGGUGGCACCAACCUCCUCGACGAGGUCGAGAAGCAGGAGCGCGAGCUGCAGCAGGCACAGCUCGAGAUGGAGCGCAAGGCCAAGGAGGCUGAGCGCCUGCAGUCCAUGAUGGAGGAGAAGCAGGAGGAGACGGUGCUCGAGGCCCAGAAGUUUGCUAACCUUCAGGAGGAAGUCGACGUCAAGACCCAGAAGCUCAAGCGGCUGUGGUCCAAGUUCCAAGCCGCCCGCACCGAAAUCACAGACCUGCAGGAGGAGCACGCGUCCGACCGCGAGGCUCUCGUCGCUGAAAUCCGCAGGCAAAACCGCGAGCUCAAGCUUUGCCGCCUUAUCGUCAACUACUUUAUUCCGGCCGACGAUCUCGACUACGUCCAAUCGGCCUGCUCCUUUGACUCGGAGGCCAACGACUAUGUCGUCCGCCACCAGGACUACACCGGGAACAACAUCGAGCGCGCCGCCCUGCUCAACGGUGGCUUCCAGGUCGGCCCUGUCCUGCCAGCCUCGCCUGACGCCCGCGCCGCCGCCGCACGCGCAGACGGUCCAGCCUCGCCCUCGGCCGCACGCUUCGACUCGGACAAGCUGCUCCAGUACGAGGCUGCCCUCCAGCAGCACGCCAUUGCUCCGGGCGACUACAACACCGGCGAGGAGAACGAGGCGCCUGUCGACGUCCUCGAAGCCGUCCCUAACGUCUACCUUUCCUACUCGCCGGGACACCCUGGCCCCGCUGCCGGCCAGUCAUCGCGCAUCGCCGACGACUCGGCCCGCGCAAAGGACAAGGCCAAGUCCAAGUCCAAGGCCAAGUCCAAGGCCAAGGUCAAGGCCAAGUCCAAGGCCAAGGCCAAGUCUACUCCCGAGGAAGAGUACCCCGAGUCGCGCGGCUUUGUCGUCUCCCAGCGGCGUCGCUGA